UUUACACUGUCAUACGUCCCCGGUUCAAUUAACCAUGAGUGAACGCGAGAAUUUACUGUUGAACAACUUGAAAAAGUCUAUUAAAGAAACUGUGAGGUGCAGUAAAACAAACAUUGAGCCUCUAAUGGUACCGCAAGACAUAGAGAAGCUGUUGCUCCCUCUGGAUUUAUCAAAAGCUAUUGAUACAGCAGCAGCCCAAAAAGAAAUCAAAUAUCUGCAAGAAGUAGUGGAGUCUCUGUUAACAAAUGACGCGACCAGUAAAUAUGUUACGAUAUCUCAGCAAGUGUUGUUAAAGAUAUUUGCUGAAUCCAGUGAAAAGUUUCGUGCAAAACACUUUCGCGAGCUAAUGAAGGUGUACUUCCAAGAGCUAUUAGAGCAGAGUGACUUAGAGAGAGCUCAGUUGGAGCUUCACAUUAAAGUGCUUUUGCCUCUUGUGAAACUUCAUGUUUUAAAAGAAACCAGUGAGCAAGAUGACGAACUGGUUGACAAUAUACUGAAUUUCUUCAAGAAUCCCAGGAUAAGCCAAGAAGAUAUUUAUGUAACGGUGAAAAACAAAUUCGGAGAUUCAGAUUUUCGGCUUAUUUCUUACGAGCUCAUUCCGCUGGAUCAAAGAAACGGCCACCUGGGGGACUACUUUCAACUUAAAGUCCAAGUUGAGCGUAACAACGAAGUUCAACUGCUAGAGAUGUUCGUGAAGUUCCUAAAUGCCAAAAUUGACUUUUUCAAGCAACUGUUGGCCCGCGGUCCUUCGAAGAAGGAAGAGUUCUUUUAUCUUGAAUACAUUCCCAAGUUAAGAGAGCUCGGCUUAAAUGAACUGCUAAGUUUUGCUCCUGAGUGCUACUUUUCACGGGUGGAUGAUGUUCUUGUCUUGGAAGAUAUGACUGCUAAGGGAUAUAUAGGGCUUACUCCUGACUGUAAGCUGGACUUGCUUACCCUUAAGCUUACUGUAAGUGAAUUAGCUAAGCUACACGCAAGCAGUUUCAUUUUUGAGCAAGCACUACUGAAGAAAGAAAAAAGCUUCUAUGACCUCUAUAGCAAGUAUUUGCAAGAGGUUUUCUUUGUAAUCGACUCCAAGGAGUCAAAAAAGGCUUUCCAAAGGAUUGUGAAAGUGAUUGUGUACUUGUGCCAAGUUUUUUCAAACAUCAGUAAUAAAGAAGAAGUGGCUCAGAAGGCUCAGAGUCUGCUCAAACAAGCCUUCGCCCUUCUUCCUAAGUCUGAUGAGUUCAUUAACGUGUUAUGCCAUGGAGAUGUGUAUGUUGCCAACAUGCUCUUCAAUUUCAAUGACAAACAGGAGUGCCAGGACGUUAAACUGAUUGACUUUCAGAUUUUAAGGUACAAGCCUCCCACGCAUGACCUCUUGUUCUUUCUUUAUCAAAAUGCCUUUAAAGAAACCUUGGAUGAGCACAUGGACGAACUCCUUGCACUAUAUUAUGAAGCACUUAAAGAGAAUUUGGGAAAGUUCCAUUUAGAUAUCAGCAAAGUGUAUCCAAAAGAGAACUUCGAAGGCAGCAUCAGACCAAUGAGGAUCUUAGCGGUGUUUAUGUCGAUUUACUACUCGCAUUUGACGACCAUCGAUCCGAAAGUUAGAGAACGCGUUUUCCACGAGAAUCAAAUGGAGCUGCUGCGAGAUGAGUUUUAUUUAAUUAAUUUAGGGUUGAAGGUUGAGCAUUAUAGGAAGGUCAUGAAAGGGCUUAUUGACUCGUUUACUGAACUUUGUAAUAGUAAUGAUAUAAAGGGUACCAACUGAAAA